UUUCUGGCUUAGUCCAAUCUUAUAUCUGGUCGGAGUUAAUAAACUAUCUUGAUCUAUUAAAAAAAAUAAUAAUUACACAACAUGAAACUCAAACAAAUUGUUUUACCAAAAAAACACAUGUCAUAUGUUAAUAUAAUUAGGUUAGAAGUGCAUUAAGAAUAAGAAGCAAUAAAGAACGAAGAAAAUGUAAGGAGAGUUGGCAGAUAACAGCAAUUAAAGUGAGAAUCUUUAUCCCUUGCGUGCAAUAUACUUUUGGUAUUACUGGAAAUUAAGCUUAUUCCUAUGCAACUAAACACAGUAAAGACACUUAUAUAUGAAUUCAUUGCUUAGCAAAUCAAAGCUUUGUAAUAUUAUUACAUCACACUGAUCAAUCCCUCAAUGGCUGAGAACUCAAAAAAAGUAAGAAUUGAAGAGAGGUUGGCGCGACUCCAAAACACUUCUGAUAGAUCAGAAGCAGGUUUGAAGGCUAAGAUACAACGCGUACCACGUCAUCUUGUGGGAGAUGGAACAAUGCAUUAUGAGAAACACUUCACGCCGAAGCUCAUGUCUUUGGGUCCCAUCCACUACGGUGCUCCCGAACUGCAGCUAGGAGAGCAGUACAAGCAAAUGUGGGCAGCAAUGUUCUUCAGAUCCACCGACCAAACCUCGCAGUUUCUGUUCGGAAAGAUCGCAGAAAACGUUGAAGCUCUGAAAGAGCUGUUUGCGCCGGAUCUUUUCACCGGAAACCAUCUGUUUUUGAAGUAUUCCGAGCAAGGGUUCAGCAGCAUGGAGGAAAUGAUAAGCUGGACGCUGUUGGUGGAUGGCUGUGCCCUGCUACGAAUCCUGGAAUACGCCCAACAGUGGGAAAAGAAAAUGAAUGUUAGGGUUGAGCAACUGAUGCUGGUGGUGCAGGAUGUUCUGUUGUUGGAGAACCAGCUUCCGUACCCAUUGCUCAAACUGCUAUGGAGAGGAAGCAACGACGGAGAGUUGAUGGAAACCAUGAAAAAAUUUCUCAGGUGCGAUGAAUGGGCCGCUGCAAAUGGGUAUAAAGAGAGGAUGGAAUUCGAAGAACCUACUCAUCUUCUCCAUCUUCAACUCUCUCUCGUCUUGUAUGACAGCCCUCCAAAAGAUACCAAAUAUUUUGAAACUGGACUCGUCCGUCCAGUAAAGACAGAAUAUUAUAGUGCAACUGAGGGCUUUGUGAUGACAUACAGAAACAUAACGGAACUGAAAGCGGCAGGGGUGGAGCUAAAAUCAAGCAGGACGAAUAGGCUAAGUGACAUAUCUUUCUCCCGUGGAAGGUUCCGUUCGAAAUUGAGACUUCCAGUGAUGAUUAUGGAUGAGACAACAGCUACUUCUACACUGAACGUGAUAGCAUAUGAGAUGUGUCCUGAUUUUGCGAAUUACGGGUUUUGUGAUCAUAUAUCCUUCUUGAAGUCCCUCAUAGAGACCCCUGAUGAUGUGAAGGCACUGAGAUCAGCACGAAUUCUUGUUAACAAUCUAGGGAGUGACCAAGAUGUGCUCAACCUCUUCACUACCAUAAGUAGUAACUUGGUGCCUAACAUGGAGAAGUAUGCUCAUGUCAUGUUUCAAAUUGAGAAGCAUUACUCUCAUAAAUCUUUGCCCACUUGGAUAGCUCUUGGCUAUAACACCUAUUUCAGCAACCCAUGGUCCAUCAUUGCCUUUCUUGCUGCACUUCUGGGCCUCGUCCUCACUUUAAUCCAAACCAUUUACUGCUAAAAAUAGCUACACACUACCUCCUCCCUUUCAAACAACUACUGCUGCUUCAAGUUACAACAACAAAUAUACUACUUUCCAGUCACCUUUUUUCUUUUUAUGUUUGUCUCCAGGAUUGUUUCGGAUUUAUCAAUGUAUUGUUAUUUUGUUUUAUUAGAACUUUAUGAAAUAAAACUCGUUGGAUUUGUUGUUCAUGAUGAUGUAACAUCACACUUAUAAUUGGUGUUGCAUACAUAUG